UGGGCGUACAGACACGCGCGCGCAGGGAGGUGCGCGCGGAGGUUUUGUUCGCCAGAGCGAGGCGGUCCGGACCUCAGAGGACUCGCGCACACCAGAGGGGCAGCAGCACACGGAGCAGCCCUGACACCGGGAUUCAAAAAUACCAGAUAGAAAAGACACCGGGCCGGUUCUAGCAGGACACUUGUACCGAACCGGUUCUCUCUGUGUUCCGAGCCAAACCAUGGAUGAGCAGCUGCUGUGCUGCGAAGUGGACUCCAUCCGGAGAGCCUACCAGGACGUGAACCUGUUGAAUGACCGGGUCCUCCGAACCAUGCUGCGGGCCGAGGAGAACUACCUGCCGGCUCCGAACUACUUCAAGUGCGUCCAAAAGGAAAUAGCUCCUAAAAUGAGGAAGAUCCUAGCGACCUGGAUGCUGGAGGUGUGUGAGGAGCAGAAGUGUGAGGAGGAGGUCUUUCCUCUGGCCAUGAACUACCUGGACCGGUUCCUGUCCGUGGAGUCCAGCAGGAAGAGCCGCCUGCAACUGCUGGGAGCCGCGUGCAUGUUCCUGGCGUCCAAGAUGAAGGAGACGGUUCCGUUAACGGCGGAGAAGCUCUGCAUCUACACGGACAACUCGGUCCAGCCCGGAGAGCUGCUGCAGAUGGAGCUGUUGGUUCUGAACAAGCUGAAGUGGGACCUGGCUUCAGUCACGCCUCAUGACUUCAUCGAGCACUUCCUGUCCAAACUGAAGAUCCAUUUGUCCACAAAGCAGAUCCUCAGGAAACACGCCCAGACCUUCGUGGCUCUCUGUGCUACAGACGUGAACUUCAUAGCCAGCCCUCCGUCGAUGGUGGCAGCCGGCAGCGUGGUGGCAGCCGUUCAGGGCCUCUACCUGAAGAACCAGGACGCCGCCCUGUCCUCUCAGAACCUCACCAACUUCUUGUCCCAGGUCAUCCGCAGCGACCCGGACUGCUUGCGGUCGUGUCAGGAGCAGAUCGAGUCCCUGCUGGAGUCCAGCCUGCGACAGGCUCAGCAGCACAGCGGCACAACGGAAAACAAACAUGUGGAGGAGGAGGUGGACCCGUCCUCCACGCCCACAGACGUGAGAGACAUCAACAUCUGAGAAUGGUGGACAUCUGUCCUACAGUGAACUCGACGAUCAAGAGGAAGUAGUUGUGGGAGGGUGCUGAUGGGGGUAGGGGGACUUGCUUGGUCUCACCCUAUACCCCUCCUCAAUCCUUCUCCAACUUCCUAGUGGGCUGAAGGUCAAGAAUGUCUCCUGCUAGCCUGCUGCCAGAUCAGAUCGGACACACCACAGCGUUCCUUCCCUCCAGGGGACUGCAGCUGAGACUACAGGGACGUCCUGGGGAGGACAUGAUGACCUGCAAGGGCUGGGCUCUUCCCUCACACGUUAAACUUGGAAUCUUUAAGUCAGCGCACCUGAAGGUCCUCAUCCUCAAGCAGAUACUAUGUUGUCUUUUCUAUCUAAAGUGAUUUAGUCUGUCCACGUCUUUGUCCCGUCUCCGGCUUGCUCGUGUUUAGUCACUUUAUUUAGACUUUAGUCUGGUAGGUCUUCUGUUCCCAGCCAGAGGGGUCAUGAGCUGCUUAAACCCUCUGAUGCUGGUCCGACUCAAAAAAGCACUUUGGUCAGCAACGCUGACUCAGCUAAAUGCAUCCAGAACAUUCCCAACACACAACUGCCAACCAGACGGCCUCCGAGCGACGGAGCCGUCCGAGUUUCAGCUGAGCAACUAAAGCCUCUCCAGGUUCCUCCAGAGAAGCCCCUCAGUCUAGAUCCUGAUCAGGACCACCCCCCCACCCUGCUCUGCCAGAACCUGGUGUCCCUUUAGACAAGCUGGUGGGUUCUGGGAAACCGAUAAAGCUGACUCGAGGAGAGAUGAGACGAGACUUUGCACAAACAUGAACAUGUGGGCGUGUUCCAUAGGAACCAGUCCAGGUUCACGACACCCCCCCUCCCUGGUGGGGGGUCCCGGUGCUGUCAGGGCUCCUGAGGGGGGUGAGCGGGAGCUGCGGGUAGAGGGUGUACAGGAAGGAGUGAGGCACUCCGGGUUUUCUGCUGCUAUAGAAACGAAACGACAGCUUCUGUCAAAGGAAACAAAAUAAAGCAGACAAAAGAAUUGAAACGACGCUUUUUCCUGUUUGCUGCUAUCUGAUCUGAUUAUUUUGUUUUGGGAGUAUGCGUGUCUAUAAACUGCAAUUGUAGGCUUGAAUUUUCUCAUAGAAAAUUGUUAUUGACAUCCUCAUCUGUUGUCUUGUGUAGGUGAUCAGCUGUUGUGUGUAAUAGGGCUGCUCAAUUAAUCGAAUUUUAAUCACGAUUACGAUCUGAGUUUUGAACGAUUAUAAAAACAAAACAAGCCGAUUAUUUGCUCCUCCCACUUGCGCUGCCCUGAGUUGCAAAUGAAGCGCUCCUCCCACAGUGUUGCCAACUUGGCGACUUUGACGCUAUUUCUAACAGCUUUUCAGACCCCCUUCUUGACUUUUUAAAUCUUAAAAGUACCUAGCGAACACCUCAGAAACAUCUCUGGUAACCCUUAGCUACUUUCUGGAUAACUGUCGUUGACAUUUCCUGCAGGUUAGCUAAACACUCCGCCUGCGCUCCGGACCGUUCUUCAGGACAUUAGGAAAGGAAAUGAUGUAGUGACGUGUCAGUCGCUAAAGAAAUGGCUCUCAGAGCCGGCUCCCUGUUGGAUUAACCAGAGUGAGUGACACACACACCGCACCUGUGGACUUCUGAGCAGCUAAAAACAGCUAAAUGUGUGCGUGCGGCGUGCUAAACAGACGUGCAGCUUGCCCCCUGUGAGACCGGGGUGGGGGGGUGCAGCUGUGGUUGAGACAAUUAUUACAUUAACUGAUGGACCUGUAAAUAAAUAGUUUAUAAAUAAGGUAGAAAUAAGUUCCUCACGCUGAUAACUAAUAACUAAUCUCCCUGAGGACACGGUGCUAGUGCACUCUCCUACAGCACCUUGACAUGACUAAAUAAAUGUUAUGCAACAUUUUGUGAACAUCAAUUUAUUUGCAUUUAUUUGUUAUAAAUGCCACUGUAUAAUUCUUGCUGUCAGUAUUUGCAAGAUAUUGGUAUUUGGGUCUGUACUGGUUAGACUUAAAUGAGUUAAACCAAGGUCUAUAGCCCUUGGGUCAUAGACUAUGAGCUAUAAGUAUAUUGGUCUUUUUAUACUGGGAAUCAGGAGUUAUUUUAGUGGUCAUCUUGUUUCUUAUUUAUUUUGUCCUGAUUGUGCCCUGAGCAAUUUUAUGACUGAAUAAAAACAAAUAAAAUCAACAUAAAUUGAAAAAUCGUCCUAAAUAAUCGUGAUCUCAAUUUCAGUCAUCGUGAUUAUUAUUUUUGCCAUGAUCGAGCAGCCCUAGUGUGUAAUAUGUCAGACGAGUCUCCAAACGUUGUAAAACUCAGCUAAUGCACGGAGAUGCCUAGAUCCACAAUACCUCAUGUCCAGAUUUACAGUUGGUUCUGUUCUGCUCGUCGGGUUUAACCAGCUCUGUUGAACCUGCAGGGGGCGGGGCUUCUGAACUGGAAACCAGACUGGUGCCAUAAAGGAAAUGGGAUGUGUAAAACUGUCUCUCUGACGGAGACUUUCUCCACAUCGGGUCCAUGGCGGCCUCUUCCUCUCGUUGUAUUUAUCAGAGAAGAGCUUUGUGCUGCGGGCAUUGGCGGCUCCAGCCCAGUGGGUAGGCAGAUGUUCAUAAGCCGUAGAGUCCUGUCUACACCACAGCAGCCGUCCGCCACGGAGACAAACCAUGUAUUCAUCUUUGUGUCGACAACACAAUAAAGAAAUCAACUUGA